AUGGCGGCUUCCAGGACUGUGCCAGCGCAUGAUCCGCUACGCAUGCUAGAUCUUGCUGCCAGUGAUGGCCAGAGAGUGAGGAACAACCAGCCACCAACUAGUGACAGCAAUGGCAUGGAUUACGUUCGAUGCACGGUGCUUCACAAUGCCAUCGUCAAAUAUGGCUGGCGAGCUAGUGGUCAACAUGUCACGGAAAUGCCGAUGACUACUUGGUGGGAGGCAGCAUACGAUCUCUCAUUGCUGGACCAGGCCCAGCAGCAGCUAGAUCUGUCAGUCGUGGAGUUUCUGAAGCGAGCGAUGAUGGUGCCUUCGUUCAGCGAUUCUACCGACAACAAUUUCUUCCACUUCAGCCCAGAUCUGAGGUCUGCUGACACUGAUGAGAAGCUCGUACCACUCUACAUGGCUAAUUAUCAUGAGGACGAUUAG